CCCAUCUUCCUUCUCUGAUCGACAGCUUUGCCGAAAUCUUUCUCGAGGUGAGCUGUUGUUCAUCCCAUUUCCGCACCCGUCAACUUCGCGUGCAUCCGGCCCCCUCCCCCAACUCCUGCAUCUCCUCCCCUGUCAGUUCGAGCAGCAAAGGCAGGCGGCAAAAUCCGGGCCCCUACCACUGUCAUCUCUUCUUAAGAGGGUCGACUGCGGUUUCACGGUUCCAUACCCAAAUCCAAGGUAAUUUCUCCGCCACAUUUUACUCCAGAAUCCUUCCAAUUCUAUCUGAUAAUCUGUGAUAGGGUUAGGGUUGCAUUUCACUUGUCUGCCGUGAGUAGAGGUCACCCUGUGUUGGUCGAUUUUUUGCAAGAAAUUUGGGACAGUAGGGAGAUGGAAUGGUUGUGCUUGUGAAAUUACUGUCUGGGUGGAGGUGGCCCUGUGUUGGUCAAUUUUUUUCAAGAAAUUUGGGACAGUUCACAGAGCUGGAAUGGUUGUGCUUGUGAAAUUGCUGUCUGAGUAGAGGUGGCCUUGUGUUGGUCGAUUUUUUUCAAGAAAUUUGGGACAGUUCACAGAACUGGAAUGGUUGUGCUUGUGAAAUUGCUGGUGCCUUUGUUUGUUGGUCGCUGGCUGCCGCUUCUGUUUGUUACGCUAAGCUGCAUAUUAGUCUUUACAAUGGUGCCUUUGAACGAUAUGUUGUUGUUGCGAUUCAAUUAAUUGAGUUUUCUCUCACCGUUUAUAUUGAUUACGAGCAGUUAUAUUCGAAGUUUUUUCAAUAUUUUUUUGAGACCGUCGUCCAUGUUGUGUGCUCGAAAUAACAUUAAUUUCGAUACAUGCGCAUUUCACCUAACUUGUCUAGAACAUGAGGUCGCACCGAACGAUGUUUCCCAUUAAGUCAAUCAUUUUAAUGUGUACCGCCUUGGAACAUAGUGUGCAUGUGGCCUCGCUUUGGCAUUCUUUCUUUGCAUUUAUCUAUCAAUGUGUGUAGUCCCAAAUCAAGCUUGACUUCCUUGAUUGUAUAUGUCUUGCCUGUAUGAGUGUGUAUUUGCCUAGUUAACCUUUAAUGUUGUAUGUGCAUUAUAAGUUAUCGGUAUUGCUCUGCAACUGAGAUGGCUCCCAAGGGUGAGGGCAUAGUUGAGUGGACAGACGAGCUUGAGAGUGCUUUCAUUGACAUCAUGGUCGAUAAAUUCCAAAGGACGCAUACAUCAAGUUGGAAAUUGAAGGACUGGGAACAGAUAAGUAGGGAACUGGAAGAGAAAUUUCCAAGUAUGAUUCUUGGCGCCAACAAGGUGAAAACAAAAGCACAAAGGCUGAAGACACAGUACACUCAGUUCACAGAGCUGAUUCAGCACACUGGAGUAGGUUGGGAUGGGUUGACCAACACCGUGAAAGCGAGUCCUGAUAUUUGGGACAAGUUUAUCAAGGGUCGAGGCGGCGAGUGAGAAAGAGAGGUUCGAACAAUAAGUCGCAGUUACAGGAGUUGAUUGACUUGUACAAGGAAAGUAAGACCAAGAAGGAGAAAGCGAAAAAUUCUAUCCCUCCGAGUCAAAAAAUAGCAAGUCAGUGACGAGCCCCGAAAAACUAGCACGGGACAGCAUCGUAGAAGCCAUGGUUGUCCUCAAUCAACCGAAGGGAACAAUUUCCGUACGCGAGUAUCUCGUCGGUACAACACGUAUUACAGAGGAUGACCGAUGGCGACAGGUGUUCAUUUGCAUGUACGAUGAAGCUAGGCGCGAAUGGUUGCACAACCUUGUUCAUCCUUGAACGGCCGAACGUUUCUCCUCAUAUGUGUUUUUUUUUUUUCCGUUUUUCUAUUAUGACAUUAACCAAACCCUUGUUUUGUAUUUGUUAUGUUUCAACCUAAUUGACUUUGAUAAUGCAUUGGAUAUGUGUUUGAAACAUAAUUCCCUUCGUCAUUUCGUGCUAUCUGUUGAUAAUCUAUCAUG